UUUUAUUAUCUCUUUUGUUCACCAAGUUCACUACCUUCCAAAAUUGAGUAUUUCUCGUUAAUAAAAUAAAUGUAUGAAUGGUUUUGUUGUACUGGACACAUUUUAAGCCCUCAAUAUCACCUUAAGAAAAAAAAAAUACUCUUCUAAUUUCGCACUAAAAUGCGCUGUAUAUAUACUUUUGUGAUACAAGUUUAACAACUGCACUUCAUUUUGGGUUAUAUACCAACUCCAUAAUCAUCUCAUAAACCCCCCUUACCUUACCUAUAUAAUCUCCUCUUUCCAUACCAAUAUCAUUCAACCAAUAAUCCUUCAAAACAUACAUUCGAGUGAUCAUCAAUCCAGCACAAAAUUCUUCUCGAACAACAGCGUAUCAGCCUGGAAAACAUGAUCAAGAAAUCAGCCAUGUCAUUGUUUGUUAUGAUGCUGCUACUAGCAACUAUGCACACAGCAAAAGCUGUUGCUUCCCCUGAAACUCCGGUCAUUGAGUUGUACAUGCACGACAUUCUUGGAGGGAGUAAUCCCACGGCCCGGCCAAUCACGGGGCUUCUUGGGAACAUCUACAGUGGGCAGGUUCCUUUUGCUAGACCACUUGGGUUUUUUACACCCAAAAAUGGUGUGGCCAUCCCUAACAGCGAUGGGUCAAUGCCGAACAUGAAUGGCGGCGUCCCAUUGGGAACUGGGUUGGCUGGUACUGCCUUUGCUGGAUCUAACAACAACAAUAACAACAACAACAACCAGAAGAACAUCAACACAGCACAGCUUUUACCUGACGGUUUAGGCCUUGGGUUUGGAACUAUUACAGUUAUUGAUGAUAUUCUGACAACUUCUCCAGACUUGGGUUCACAGACAGUUGGAACUGCUCAGGGUGUUUAUGUUGCAAGUUCGGCUAUGGGAAAUACACAAAUGAUGGCAUUCACUGCUAUGCUGGAGGGAGGCGAAUAUGGGGACAGCAUCAAUUUCUAUGGUAUUUACAGGAUCGGAAGCCCAUAUUCUAGGUUAUCAGUGACAGGAGGCACAGGAAAGUUCAAGAACGCUUGUGGGUUCGCUGAGCUUCGCCCAUUGAUACCAUCUGGACAGCAUGUUACAGACGGAGCAGAGGCGUUGCUUAGGCUUCUUGUCCAUCUCAAGUACUAAAAGAAAGGAUGGACCUACUAAAGGUCAUCUUGUAUCUAUUUGUGCUUUGGUUUUGUUUGUGUUAUGGUCUCUAGUUUUCCCAUCUUUAUGGUAAAAUGAGAGUCAAAGAAAGUGUGUAAUUCAUUCUACUUAUGUUAUAUAAUACAGCUUUCCCACAUGAAUGGAA